AAGCCAGAUAGUUACCCACCACACAUAAAAAAAAAAAAAAAGCCCGCACAACCCGUCCGUCCGUCCGUCCCUCCCCGCCGCCGCCGCCACCGCCGCCCGUCCAACCGUCAUGCCAGCAUCACUGCCCACGCUCCCCACGGAGCUACUCUACAAGAUCGGCGGCUUCAUCGCCUCCUCCCCCGCGACGCUGCGCGCACUGACCCUCACCAGCCGACGUUUCCACAUCGUGUACACGCGCGCGCUGUACGCACUCGCGCCUCUGCACCGGUUCUCCCACGACUCCUCGACGGUGCUGCACUGGGCGAUCCAGCACAACCGCGCACGCGUGUUCACGCUUCUGCUGCCGCUGUGCCACAGCACCGUCAACCGCAUCCGACAGACGCCGCUGCACGUGGCGCUGAAGCACGUGCACCCCGAGUUCACGGCCGCGCUGCUGGCGCUCCCGGCGAUAAACGUUAACGCCGCCGACUCCCUCGGGUCUACGCCGCUGCAUGUCGCUGUCGCUGCGGGCGAUGUCGAUGCAGUAGCACGGCUGUUCGCCGCUGGCGCGGAUAUAAUGCGCGCUGAUAAUGCGGAGCGCACGGUGCUGCACACCUUGGCGUAUCCGCCGACCCCGCCGUCGAAUGCGCUGGUGCGCCUGCUGCUAAAGAACGGCGCGGAGGUCAGGGUCGUCGAUAAGUUUGGGAAGACGGCGCUGCAUUGGGCGUGUGGGAAUGGGCAUGAGGAGAUGGUGCGGCUGCUGCUGGAGGCGGAGGCCGGCGGCCAGAAGCUCGUUAAUCACUGCGAUGGGAGGGAUAGGACCCCGCUGUGGUUGGCUGCCGAGAGGGGCUAUGAUAGGAUCGUGGAGAAGUUGCUCAAGGCGGGGGCUCAUCUCUACGGAGAGUGUCCGCUGCUCAUCGCGGCGGGGAUGGGAAGGGUGCAGGUGGUUAAGCUUUUGGUGGGAGAAUUUGGGGUUCUGCCUGGGGCUAUGGAGAGAGCUACCGAAAACGGGUUUUGGGAGGUGAGGCAAGUGCUUCUGCAGUAUGGUACGAGGGUACCGGGAAAUUCGGGCAUGGGCUAUUGGGGAUGGCAUCACGAUUCUAUGAUGAAGAGCGGGCUGGGGAGUGUCUGCGGAGACAAGAGGAAAGGGGAGGUCGAGGGCCAACAGGCUGUCAGAUGCAGCAGGCGGCGACUGGAGCAGCCCAUCACCGAGUGGCCCGAAUGGCCCGAGUGGCCGGCGAUGGAAUGAGUAAGGGUUGGUUUAUUGGGCAGUAGUUUGUCCGUUCGAUGUGUGUUCUAACUGCUAGGUGGAUUCCAUUAUUGUUUUUCCUUUGAGCGAACAUUUAGAAUUGAGCGCGGAGUAAUGGUGUGUUUUUCUUCUGCAGUUGAUGUCCGUCUUUGGGGCUUUUUGGGGGUAUAUCGGAUCUAGGCGCACACGAGUACAAUGAAUUGACCUAGGAAUUCUUCAC